GAAGAAGCAACAAGAAGAGGCGGAAGUUUGUGCAUUUAUCGGCACUGGCGUACAAGGUCCUAUUGUUCCUGUGAUUUUUUUUUAAAAUUACGUACAAAAUGUUAAAGGUGUUGGUGAAGGAGCGACUAAUUGCGGCCGCUGAAGAAAUAUUCGGACUGUUUGAAAGAACCAUAGCGUCGUACGAGGAGCAACUUUGUCGCGUGAGAGAGGAGAACGAGAGAAUACGACGUCAAUCGGAAGCUGUUUGCAACACUCAAAUUGUCUUACGAGUGGAAGGUCCCCAGCAGAUGGUUGUUCGUCGGGAAGAACCUACCUUACCUCUACCGCAGUUGACGAGCUCCAGUUUGCAGCAAGAGAAUCAAAAUGUUGAAGAAGGACCGAUUCAGGCCCAUAAUAUCAAGGAGGAAGAGGAGGAGGCUGAUGUCAAUAGAAUGCCACUGGCUUGCAUCUCUGUGAAGACAGAUGAUGCAUACGAAACCCCUGAGUGCUCACAGUAUCACCAUCAAAGUACAAGCAUAGAACACUGUGGAAAAAGAACACAAAAUAUCCAUUUUACUCCACCGUCAGAUAGUAAGAUCAUAGAAGAAACUUUGGGAAGCAACAGUGAGGGAGGCAAUGCACAGUUGAGUUCCUUUGAAGACACAACACUGAACAAGAAAACUUCACAAACUUAUGGAACUCAUCAAAGAAAUAACGAACAUUUCAGCUGCUCAACUAGUUGUAAAAUAUUUACACAAAAGCCAAACAUGGUAGAACACGAGAUACUCCAUGAGGAAGAAAAAACAUUUAUUUGCUCAGGUUGUGGUCAAGCAUUUACUAAAAAAGGCAGCAUGGUUAAACACAUGACGAGACACAAAUUUCUAGCUUGCUCUGUGUGUAAUGAAACUUUCUGUGUAAAACGUCAGCUAAGAUCACACAUGAGAACACACAGGAAAGAAAAACCCUUCCGUUGUACAGUUUGCGGUUCAACGUUCAAUCGAAAAGACUCAAUGAAAACACACAUGGUUAUACACACAGGAGUAAAACCCUUUAGUUGCUCAUUGUGCAGCAAGUCAUUCUUUUUUAAGCAAAACUGGAAAGUGCACAUGCGAGUGCAUACAGGAGAAAAAAACUUAUAGAUGCUCAGUUUGUGGUAUAAGCUGUUUUCAGAGGAACAGUUUGGCUGCACACGGCAAAAGGAAAGGAAAAAUGUUGACAGUAUUGUGAAAGCAAUUUCUGAAUCUGACCAUGUAUUGUAUUCUUUUGAAAAGUUGUAAAUGCUGUUUGCAAGAGGAAACUAAACAUCAUACUCUUGUUAAUUUACUAACAGGUCAUAGACUAGAAGGUUAGUGUUGAAUAAAUUAAGCAAUUGUUAGUCUGUAAAGUGUGUAACAAAAUGUAAUUAAAACAGGAUUUAGACGUAAAGUACAAACAUGAAAUAGCAUAGUGAACACGGAAUACUACAAAGGUUAUAAGGAAAAUUAUAUUUUCUGGUGCUGGUAAUAAACGUGUGAUUAUAAAAUUUAAAAUGAGUAGAAAAUUAAAAUGUAUCCAAAAAGAUGAAUCUGCAUAAAUUGUAUUCAUUUUUGUUGAACAGGACUAGAUGACCUGCGUAGGAUUUUUUUUUUUUUUUUUUUAAACGGAUCAGUGGGUAGUGGGUGGCAGUAUUGAGCGUAGAGUUUACAAACUGCCGUGAAACAUGAAGAAAAGUUGGUGCAUAGAUAUCAAAUAUAUAGAGCGCUAGACAGAAACUAUCACAGCGACGUUAUUAAGCAGCGGCCAUUUUAAAGCAGUAGACUUCUCUGGCGGAUUUUUCAACAAAACCUAAGCACAGGGUUUUCAUUUACUAAAGUACUGUUAACUCAGCAAAUCAUGAUAUAUCUACAAAAAAGAAAAAACAUUUAUUUGAAGUAUAAUUUACUGCGUCUGUCGUAUAUGGGGGGGGGGAAAGCCAUAAGAAAAUCGGUUGACAAUUGGACAACUUACAGCCAUCUCCAAGUAAUAUCACUGACACAAAAUGGGCAAAAAAGUGAUUAUGUUCGCCCCCGGUGUAUUCACAGCGCACAUUAGGCAUCUAGCGCUCCAUAUAUGCGAAAUCACAAGUUAACGUAGCAUUCUGACGAAGCAACGGAUCAGUGUCUAGGACAAGCGUUUACCUUAAAAGACUGCAUGGUAAAACAUGCGAACACACACUGGGGAAAAAACCCUUUAGUUGCUCAUUGUGCAGAAAAACUUUUUUUAGGCAAAGUUUGAAAACACACAUGAUGAAACACAGAAGAAAAUAGUUUUAGCUGUGCAACCAGUGGUCAAACAUUCCAUCAUACGAUCCGAGCCGGCCCAGCCUAUACGCAGACUAUGCAGCUGCUUAGGGCCCCUAACCACUAGGGGGCCCCCAAUCUGGCAAUUGUUUCAUUUGUAUUCUAUUUUGUUUACGACAGUUUGCUUUAUUUGACUUUUGUGAGUUUUGAGACUUGAUUACAAGCUUAAAAAAAUAAAAGUUCUUCCUUAACUUCUUUCUUUCCUCUUUUAGAAAAAGGUUUGGCGUUAUCUACUGUAAGUACUUACAGUCAUUUGGGGUGAGAAGUUUGAAGUAUGCAGUGCAACAAAAUCUGAUUAAUAUACAAAAUUUGGACGUAUGGGUUGGAUUGCAUGUAUGGGUUUCACAGUACACUGUGACGAAAUUGAGGGCCAAAAAUAUGGGCCCCUUUUGCAUUAUUUUGCUUAGGGCCCCCAAAUGGCCAAGGCCGGCCCUGCAUACGAUAACCAUGGAAUCACAUAAGAGAGCACACGUAGAAGUAAAAUCUUUCGUAUGCUCGUUGUGUAAUUAAGCAUUUUGUCAAAAGACACACUUGGAAUCACACGAGAACACAUAGUAGAGAAAAACCAUUAGUUUGCUCAUUGCGUGAUAAGACAUUCUAUCGAAAAGGACAUCUGGAAACACGUGAACGUAAACAGGAGAACAACCUUUUAUUUUUCGUUGUGUAAUAAAACAUUCUCCCAAAAGUCCCAUUUGGGAUCACACAUGAGAAAAACCUUUCCAUUGGCUGGAUUUGCGCUUCGAGUUUUUCUCUAAAGGAAAUCACAUACAAAUGGGGGAAACCUUUUCGUUGCUCAUAGUGCGACAAGCCAUUUAUUUUUAUUUUUUUUAACAAAACUGGAGAGCGUACAUGAAAAUACACUCAGGGGAAAAACAUUUUUGUUGCUCAUUUUGUAACAAAACAUUCACUUAAAGGGGACAUAGGGAGUCCCAUGUAAGAACGCACAUAGGCGAAAAACCAUUUAGUUGUUCCAUUUGUGGUGGAAGAUCUCGUAAGGAAACUAAAAUUACACAUGAUUA